UCCUCUUGCCUUCAGGGCGGAAGCGCUCCUGGAGGAGCCAUGGAGGCCGAAAUAUUAAAGUUCAUCUGCGCUAAUCAAGGAGCUGUUGAUGCUGACGAGUUGAUGUUCAACCUUUUCCCAGGGCAGUCCACGACUGAGUUGAUUUCCAACCAUAGCAAGUUUGCCUUGUGUUCCAGCAAUGGGAAGCAGCGAGUGGUGGCCAGGACCAGCCUGAGACUGUGCAGGAAGAAAGACUGUCCGGUGUCCUGCGGGGAACUACACCUGUGUAAAAACUUCCUCUACACCGGAUCCUGUCACUUCUUACAGAGAAGAGGCUGCAGUUUCCCCCACGUUCUGAACUCUGACUACAACCAACGGCUGCUGGAAGAACAUGAGCUGCAGGGCCUGAGCAGGGCGGAGCUGUGUACGCUGCUGCUGCAGAGCGACUUCACCAUGCUGCCUCCUAUAUGUUUUGAUUACAAUAAGGGUGAUGGAGUAUUUGGCCAGUGUGCGAGCGGCGUAGAUUGUGAAAGACUCCACAUCUGCGAGAAGUCCCUGACCCAAAGCUGCAGCUGCUCCAGGGCCCACGACUUUACUGCUUUUCAGCCGAAGAAGAUCCUGCAUGAUAAGAUGGUGCCCGACGACAUGCUUCGCUCGUUGAGGUCCGUUUACUCGAAUCGAGAAGCGUUGAGGCGCAAUAUGAGGGGGGGAUCUGGUAGGGCUAGGAAGAGAAACCUGAAUGGUGCGGCUGGUGGCCAAGAGGGAAAUGGAGCAGAUGACCAGAAAUGCAGACAAAAAAACAAACCUGUCAAAGAUAAAACCGAGAUAUGCAUGUACUUCAUUAAAGGCCACUGUAAACAUGAUGACAGAUGCUUUAAAGCUCACGACAAGAUGCCGUACAGAUGGCAGGUCCAGGAAGGAGGCCAGUGGAACGCCUUGCCUGAUAACGAGACAAUCGAAAAGGAAUACUGUGAUCCCAGCAACUCGUACAGCAGCGGCAGUCCGCCUGUUCAUUUUGACACCAUGACGCGUGGAGGGAACAAAGUGCGACGGCUCACUACGGUGAACUCUUUGGUUGAGCCGACCUUCAUUCACACCACAGAGUGGCUCUGGUACUGGCAGGACGAGUUUGGAAAGUGGAACAUGUACGGUUCAGAUAGCGCCAGAGGGAAAUCAUCAGACAUCAGAAGUGAAACUCUGGAGCAGAAGUUUCUGGACAAUGAGAGUGAAGUGGAGUUCUCUGCUGGCUCCCAGUCUUAUUCUCUUAGUUUCCAGGACAUGAUUCAAACUAAUAAGCAUUACCGUACUAAGAGGCUUGUGAGCAGACGUCCUCAGUUCAUCUCUGCCGCUGAUGUCCGAACCAAGAAAAUGAGAAGGCCUCCAGGAAUCUUUUCUCCCGUCCCAAACCACUGGGACAAGACGCAGAUCCCUCCAACAGGAUUCUCGAGAGUUGCCGUCCCGCACACUUCAGAUGAAUUUCAAAAGAUUGAAGCACGUUUUCAUUCGACCUUGAGAGACUUCGAUAUUGUCAAGAUAGAGCGGAUUCAGAACAAGGCGCUUUGGGAAGCCUUUCAGUUGCAAAAGACUCAGAUGAAGAACAACAACAGAGGACGGGAGGUGGAAGAAAAGCAACUUUUUCAUGGGACUGACUCGAAAUACAUUGGCGCCAUUUGUCUCAACAACUUUGACUGGAGGAUCUGUGGAGUUAAUGGAACAGCUUAUGGCAAAGGAAGCUACUUUGCUCGGGACGCUAAAUACUCCCACAGCUACACUGGUGACUCUGAUGUCAAAACCAUGUUUGUGUCUCGUGUCCUGGUGGGGAGCUACACAAGAGGGGACUCCAGCUACGUCCGACCUCCUUCCAAAGACGGUGGAGACAUAAACUUCUACGACAGCUGCGUCAACGAUGUCCGAAAUCCUUCCAUUUUUGUUGUCUUUGAGAAGCACCAGAUCUAUCCUGAGUACCUGCUGACGUACAAGACCACACACCCGCUGGUUGACAUAUUUAGUAGUGCACCAGUGUAUCAAGGCAGCGCAGCGUCGAAUCAAGCCAGCUCUUCAGACAGUUCCUGUGUCAUAGCCUGAGCACAGCUAUGAAGUAAGACUUGGAUGUUAACAGUGGAGGAAGUUUAAUGAAUUUUUUUUCAAAAAUCAUCUGAAACAAAAUUAUGCCAGGUAAUGAUGUCUUUUGGUAAACUCAAAGAAAUAUUCACCACACACGUCUACAAUAUUAAAAAUUAUGGAAGUGAAAAAAAGUACAAGUGAAGACUAAAAUGGACAAUUAAGUGACACGUCAGAUGGUCACUCAGACAUAAAGUACCGACGCUGGACCGUAACUGUGAAAUGGACUUUGUACAUGAAGGGCGUCCAUCCAUCAGGUCCACAAAAACACGACUGACUGUCGUCACUGGUGUUUGCAUCCCAUCUCCAGCGUGCUUUGAGGUACAACGAGAUAUAUCGAUGGAAUCUUCAACAGUCAAAGCAAAAACUGUCUAUUUGAGGCUUCCAAAAAAAAAAAUCUCAUAAGCAAUAUUUUUUAGACCUCUUUAUCCAGAGGAUGGCGCUGUGAUGCUGCUACCAUAAAAACAAACGUAGCAGUAAACACCAGAAGGCGACAUGGAGCAGGCGCAUAAAGCUUGUGCCGUGGAGCUAUUACAAUCGAUUUGAAAACAUUUAGUUUUGGAUUGCCACAUGAUAAACACAGGAGUGGCAUUUCACAAUGUUUUUCAUUCUGAUACAUGUUUCCAGCUGUUAAUAGUCCAUUCCUUUGUGGACAAAAAGCUGAAACAAUAAGAACAAAAGUUCAGCAUUCUCAAAGCUCGUUCCCGCGUGAACGACAACCAACGACAAUUUAUUUUUGAGAAAGUUCACUCUUACUACUUUAAUGUAGGAGCGCCUAAUGAAUCAGAUCAGACAAGUCCAGAAUUCUUGCACUGAUUUGACUGGGACACACCAUGAACAACAAGGUGGUUUCUAACCACCUUAACUUGGCACGUUUAAUAACGUACGUCAUGUAUCGUCAUGCAUCAGAAAGCCGCAUCGCAUUAACAAUAUCGAUGGUUGGUGUGUGGGAAAAGACCAUGAAAGUAAAAAUGUAGUGUUGAUGAAUAGACACUACAUUGGUCUGUCAUCAACUAUUAAGAAGUGAUAGAAACUUUUAUUUGUCUGUAUUUUUAACAGUUCAUUGGUUUCUUUUUGUGCGUUCUGCUCUGUCUUCUCAAAGCCGGUUGUGGCAGACGACCGCUUGCACUGAGUCAGGACCUGGUUCUGCUGGAGGUUCCUUACUCCUGUUAAACAGGAAGAUUUCCUGUCCUCUGUCCCUACAUUCAUGCUCAGUAUGAGGGACUGCUGUAAAGUCAACAACAAAAAAAGAAGUGCUGGAUGCUGAUCCAGGAGGAGGGAAUGCCGCAAACCAUUCGGCAUUCCCUCCUCCUUAGGUUGGGUCUCGCUUCCAUAGAUAGGAACGUUUAAUCAACUUUGAAUAACUAUCUGAGCUUUCUCAAUUAGUUAUUGUGUGUAAUCAACUGGAAUGUGUGUGUGAUUGAAGUGAAAUGAUUUUUUUUUGUUUUUUUGUGAAGUGCCUUGGGAAUUUACAAAAGGUCAGGUUGUUGUGAAUUGGUGUGAUAUUAAUAAACUAAAUUGAAAUGAAUUUAAAUGAUCUUCUACCGGCCAGUAGAGGGGGACAAAGUGUUUAUUUGAAAAUACGUCAUACAUUGAUUGGUCUGAUUGACGGUUGAGGCAAAUGAAUGAUUUGAGUUUAGAACGAAGUGAGAAAAUCUUAUGUUUCUGUCAAAUGUUCUGUUGCUUUAAUACUAAUCAUAUUGUGCUUUUAGAGUCAUGUAAAUUGAAAAAAAAACUUAAAGACGUUUUAAAGUGCUGCUUCCUUGGAGCUGCAGUCUCCUUCUACGUAAUGAUAAAUUGCAUCAGAGGUUGGUUAAACAACAUCUGAGAUCAAACCAUCCAAGUUUUAGAUUAGAAAAUACGGGAAUUGUCUCCGUCCUGUGGUACAGUACUGUCGGGCUUGUGGAGGAUUAAACUAAUGUAAGAGCGGAGGGAACACUGGAACACUAAUACUGGAGCCCGGCGAGAAAAGGGGGGUAAAAAAUUCUAGUUUCUCGACCAAAAUGGGAGACUUUACAUUUACAGGAGGGUAAACUCUGAAAAUAGGAUCUUUGUGCUCGCCAGCGCCUCCUCUGACAUGACAGAUUAUUGCACUCAAGCUUGUUUCUAGUUGUCUAUAUGCUGUUUGGUUUGUUGUUGUUGUUUUUGUUUGUUUUUGGUUCGACGCCUUGACAACCUUCACUUUUACAGCAUCUUCUGUUUCUUAUUUAUCUUGUUCAGAACUGUGGCGGUUAAUUACCAAGACCUCUAAACCUUGUAAGGAGUUUUUGUUGGUCAAUUCUCUUUGUUAAUUAUAAUCAAAUUACACAGAAUUAGAGCAAUAAAUACUUAACCAGAACUGCUUUUCGUGAGCGACUAAAUUUAUGUGUCCCUUUUAUAAAAAGAAAUAUCAAAAUAUAAAAAAUAAGGGCUCCUUGAUUUUUAUUUUUAUUUUCAUUAAAUAUAUUAAGUAAUGACUUGAAUGGCGGAUUUUCCUAAUCUUGAUGUAAAGUCAUGCUUUCUUCCUGGGUCAUUUCAAAAUAAAGUUGCUUCCUGUUAUGA